AUGGCUUUUCUAUUCAAGACCGUUGCCUGCUUGGCGCUGCUGUCAGUCGCUGCCUGUGAGUAUGGCGGCGAGGAGGAGCACCACGGACACCAUAGCGUCGGCUAUUCGUACGCCAAGUUCAGUGGACCGGUGAGUGGACCGGCGCACGAAAUCCACGUCGAGGACAAGCACGGCCACGGGCACCAGAUCGACUAUGUCGCGAAGCCGGACUACGUGUUCGAGUACGGCGUGGAGGAUCCGAAGAGCAAGGUCUCCCAGAGCCGCAAGGAGCACCGGCACGAGGAUGAGCUGCAUGGCGAGUACAGCCUGCAUCAGCCCGACGGCAAGCUGCGCACGGUCAAGUACAGCUCGAGCAAGCACAGUGGAUUCCAGGCUGAAGUAUUGAUCGAUGGAAAGCCGCUGCACGAGGAGGAGCUGGCCAAGCUGGCACAUGAGGCCGCCGCCCAGAGCGCGCACGGUGCCCAGCUGCACCAGCACCAGCACCAGUUCCACCAUCAGCACCCGGACGAGCACAAGGCGUACGGUGGCGCCGAACAGCAGACCUACGGCGGUGAAUCGUCCUACGGUGGCGGUGCCGAGGGUGGCGAGGAGGGAGCGCACGAAGAGUACUACCACUAG